AUGACGACGGAGAAAAUGAUGAAGGAUCAGAACAAGGAGAAGCAGUUACAGAAACAAAUGGGCUGUAUGGUUGGCUGGCUUCACAUCUUCGAUCGCCACCGUUUUCUCACCGGAAAACGUUUCUACUCCACCGCCGGACGCCUCCCCUCCUCACCGAAAGGGACUGCCCCAAACGCCGUCGUUUUGGUUGAUGAAUCCUCGUCAGGGAGCAGUAAUAGCAUCACCACUUCGACCGAUACAGAGGGGACGAAAUCCGAGGAAUACAAAGAGGGGCGGAACCUGUUGGAGAGGUGUGAUCAGCUGCUUCACAGCAUAGCGGAGAUGGCUGCAACCGAUCCGCAGCCGAGUCCGGUCUCCGUUCUCGACUCGUCGUUUUACAGGGACGAGUCAUUGACCCCUUCGCCAGUUACAACUAAACGUAAUAUUGAUUUCCAAGAUUGUUCUGAUGAGUUGGAAGAAGAAAUAUGGAGUCCUUUGAUUUCCACCGUACGAUCCAAAUGCAUCGAAGCUUCGGACGACUCGGAUUUCAUUUACAUCUCAGAAAUCAUAAAAGCGAUCCAUUAUCUCCCGGAGGAUUCGGAUGUGUUUCUUGUACUCGAAAAGCAGCAAUACCUCGAGGGGAAGAGCACGUCCAAAGUUGCUAGCCUCCAACGGAAACUAAUUUUCGAUACAACCGAGGAAAUUAUCGAGAGAAAGAGACAAUUGCCUCCUUGGGAAGCUAACUGCAUAGUCUCGCGCAGCGAUAGCGAUUGUUCAAGAACACCAUUUCUCGAAAAUGUAUGGUCCGAGUUUGAAAGAAUGAGACAACAAAGGGAGAAGAGUGAGGACGAAGAUUUGUUCGAGUCCAUUUGUAGUGUUUUGAAGAAAGACUUAGCCGAAGGUUCGUGGGGAGAUUUCCCGGUGGAGAUCUCGGAGGCGGUUUUGGACACUGAGAGGUUGAUAUUUAAGGAUUUGAUAUGUGAUAGCAUCGAUGAUCUUGUGUUGUUGGCUUCUAGAAACAGAUUGAACUCCAAUUUGGCUAGGAGAAAGUUGGUUUUCUAA